AAGCCACCGAACCACUACGUAACGAAUGUCGAAUGCGCCAUAGUCGACCGCGCGGGCUGACGCGGCGCACGCAUCAACUCUGUCGCCCCUAAAACUCAUCGUUAACUUUCAAAAUUCGAAGUUUAAAUUUUAGUAAUGUGAUUGUUUUUUUUUUUUUAAUUUUCGUUAAACUUUCGUGCCAUAAUAGUGAUGUUCCACUGUGUUAUUUAAGGAAAAAAAAUGGGUGUUCUUUUAAAGUUAUUUCUUGUGACGGUCGUUUUGCCGUGUGUUUUCGGGCAAGCACAAGAGGAAUGUUUUGGCGCGGGCAGCGUAGCCGGGGCUGCGAUAGGUGCUUUUAUAGCAGCAUUUAUUUUAAUCGGUGCAGCGUAUUACUUGAGAAAAUUGUAUUGGAAAUCCCGCAAAGGCAAGCAUCUAGUCUUCACAACAGACCCUGAGUCAGUCAAGGAUGAGUUCGCCUUCGAUAACCCUGGGUUCAGACAAGAGGAAAAGAAUUGGCAGCACGAGGCUCCAACCCUUCCUCUCGGUGGCAAGACGCAUGCCUUACACGCUGAAUUCACCAAACCAGAGCAAUGUAAAGACGACUCGCAUCUACAGCGUGCACGAGUGCGCCGCGUAAAGCUGUGGGCGCGCGACUUCACAGGUCUGGGUCUGACGUGUGGAGGUGGCGCUCGUGAUGGAGUGUGUGUUCACUCCGUACUGAGGAGCGGUCCCGCAGCCGCCGCGAAGUUACAACCCGGAGACAAAAUUAAAAGUAUUAAAAUAGAGUUCACUGGCACACCACUAGAGGACGCUGUCGCUAUCCUCUCCCUUGCGUCUCCUUAUCCGGUGGAGUUAGAGAUCGUGGAAGGCGGACGGAUCAGUGGGGAGGGCUGGAGAGUCCACCAUCCUUUGAUGAAAAGGGCUGGUUCCACGGGCGAUGUUAACACGCUUGAAAAAGAAGGGAAACUCUUACAUCCCCCGCAGUCACCUAUCACAUCGCAUUCAAACAAUUCUACUCUUGAAACUAAACAUACCAAGGGAGGCAUUAAAAAAAUAAUCACGGAAAAAAUCAUAACCACCACACUGGAAAGAAAUAAGAAAGAGAAAAAAGAUCCGCCUACUACGUUAGAGCGAGAAAACGAAAAGAAUUCUAAGCUUGCAAACAAAGCGCGGCAUUCCGACACACCGGCGAGCUUCAACAAACCAGAGAGAAACAAAAAUAGAAAUUCUACUGGAAGCGACAUUCAAAUUAUUCAACCUGAAAAUGGAAUCGCGCAUUAUGAGCACGCGGAAGUACAGAAAAGAGAAUAUGAUCCCAAACGAGGCAUGAAGUUCGGUAUUCGAGUCCUGCCACCAAAUGUACCCGAUGAUGGCGUAUUGAAACAGAAAAGUAUCGAAAAUGGCGCUGUUGUACUUGAAAAAAAUUCAGUCGACGAACCUGACAAGCCAGAGCCACAAAGAUUAGCGCCCGUUGCACAAAUCAAACAUGAAAAUGAAACUGAACAAAAGAAACCAGUCGUCGCAAAGAGGAGGGAGAAAAUCGCGCCUCCGAUACCAAAUGCGAGAGUGAAAACGACAGAGUCUGAAGUAAAUGUCAGCCAUGAAACGUCAAAAACUUCCGAAACAUCGUCUCUAUCAUCAUCAUUCACUAGAACUGAUCUUAAUUCUAGUGGCAUAAAAAGAGACGAAAACGGUAUACCCCAAGAGUUACCUCAGCACAUGUUCGAUGCAGCAAAAGCAGCAAGAAGUAACAGAAAGAGUUCAGCGGAUCUUGUUCAAGAGAAGGAAAAAGUUGAGCAUAAGAAAGAAGAAGCUCCCAAACCGAAGAAAUCUAAAGGUAAAGCACCUUCGCCUCCAGAACCAGAGAAGAAUAAAAGUGACGACAGCAUACUGGAGCAAAUGAAAAACUUACAUGACUUCUUGAAGAAUGAGAAGCAUCAUUCAAGUCUCCUGCAUGACUCCUUUACAUCAAAUAAAUCAGUGACGUCAUAUAACACUUCAACUCCGAAAGUAAAUAAAACAAAAUCGCGCCUCGAUGAAUCUAUAAAUUUUAGUCAAGACGACAUUGAUGAUAUUGUUGGAAAACCUUUCAAGAGGGAAAGCGAUUCUCUAAACAAUUAUUUUGAAGAUUCGAAAUCUAAUCUUUCAUCGAAUCAAGACGUUCAUUCGGUGGUAUCUUUGAAUAAUAGUGACAAAAGUGAUAAAGGGUCUACUACAAUAGAACUAAACAACAGUGACAUAACUAUACAUAGUUCACCGUUAAACGACACGGGACGUUCUACUUCAGACGAUGCAUCAAUUUUGGACGAAAGUGAACGUAAAGCUGCUUCACUGGGUGAUCUAUCUAGAUUCGAAUUGAGAGCUAAAACUAGUAAGCCAUCUACAGGUACUUUAGAAAGAGCUCAGAGCUUAGAUAUUUCCGCAGAUGAUGCUGAAAUCCAAGAGAGUACGUUAUCGCCUAAGAAGAGGAAAGCGAUGUCUGUAGUUGAGACAACAUUCUUUGAUUCAGGUUCUGAUGAUGUGCUACCAGACAUGAUAGAUUCAGAUAAAGGAGUUGUAUUAAAACAAAAGGAACCCCGGCUCAGUCUGAAUAUCGCUAAAACUUCCGCAAUGGAAGGACUAAAUACAUUCCAAAGAAAUCGUCUAAAGAAAGGAUCAGAAUUUGGUAAUUUGGAAGAUGCUAUCGUUAAGGGUUCAAAUAGUUCAAUGGAUUCAAAUAAACAUGGAUCACAAGAAAUUGUUAUGCGUAAAUCUCAAACUAAUUUAGAUUCAACUCAAGAAAGCGAUGAUCAGGAAACAUCUGACCAUUUGGCGCGUAGAAUAAUGGACGAAAACUUGAAAGUCCAUUUGAAACUUGUAUCCGAAUUUGCUAAAUCAACAUCUGACGGUAACAAUUCUAGUUCAUUAGAAAGCAGCCAAGAAUCGCACACAUCACCAACAGUAACUGAAACUAAACCAAUCAAAUAUGAGGAAAAACUUACAAUGACCUAUGAUACAAACAUUCCAGACGACAUGAAAGUAUCUCGUAGUUCAUACGUCAACAGCUUGGAAAGACCAAAAUCCGAAAUGAUGAAGAAACUUCUAGCAAAAAACCCAAUUUUUAACGUUCAUGUUGAUCAAACAGCACAAAAGUACGAAGCGUCGACGAGUAAAGAAACACCUGCGUUAACGGAUUCUUUUAAAUCAACCAUGCAUCAACCGGAUAUCGUUAACUUUGAUUUAAAAACAUCAACAGCUGCACCCAAGAACAGAGACUACGAAGAUUUUGUUAGCAAUAUCAGAGUGGGCUCAAACAAUAAUAGCUUAAAACACAAUAAAAAGCCUCAAGAAACAAUUUCGACUGAUUGGUCUGAAUCUAAGAAUAGAGCAGAAAUUCAAAGCAGCAAUAUCGUUACAAUAUCUACUGAUGAUAAGAAUUUAGCGUCAGAUAGUAAGACUAAUUCUUAUACAAAAUCUAUAGAGAUCGGCGAAUCGAGCUUGAGACUGGUUCCCGAUCUUGUUGAAGGCACAAAGAGUCGAACGGAGCAGAAAGAAACUAGAACAUUAUACAUGGAACCAGCGAACGUAUCCCUGACUAUGAAACAAGAACCGGUUCAGAAAACUGUCAUGGUAAAUGUGACUGAAGACGAUUAUGGAAAUAAAGUUAUUACUCAAAAUGUAGAAAAAGUUUCCACUAAAUAUGUAAGCUCUAAGAUCGAGGCUCCCUUGCAAGUUGAACAAUUAACUUUUGGCAUUAUGAAAGGUGGCGCCAUUGAUGAACUAGAGCUAGAAGAGGGUAAUGUGAAAGAUUUUGACAAGAAAGUGCUUGAAGAUAUCAGAAGACAAAAUCCGAACAUACAUUUUACAACAACCGAACCAUCAUACACUAGAACUGAAACUAUAAUAUUGAACACAGCAGAUAUGAAUGAAGAAGAAGCGAAAGCGUUAAUGGAAAAACUACAGAACGAUCCCAGCUUUAUGGCACAAAAAUCAUCCGAGGAACUGUCUCGUAUGGGUAUAAGGAUAAUUCAAGAUUUAGAAGACAGGAAUACUGCUAAUCAAGACACGGUUGAAGUGACAAAAACAAGAUAUUCUAUAAACCCAACUCUGAUAUCCACCGAUCAAAAUAUUUGUAAAAUCGAAUCAAAAGACUCGGAAUCCCAAAAAGAUCACGUAACAGAAAUUCAAGUGGUCACACCAAGAACAGAAAAAACCACUAACGAAAGAUCAGAAAUAAAUAAAGAUAAAAUAUCAAGCAGACAAAGAGCACCGGCAGCUGUUAAAAAGUACGAGGAACCGGUCCUGUCUUACGAACUUGAUAUGGAAUUGCUGAAUGAUUUCAUAUCGAAUGAACGAUAUCAUUCAGCGAAACACCAAGCCGAUAUGAGAAAACGAACGAGUCAAACUACAAAUGAACCAAAGAAACGACAUUCCGACUUCGAUUUACCGAGAAACAGUCACAUCAAAUUCCGUACAGCUACUUACGAAUCACCAAAGGGGACGAUCGUGACUAGUACCGAUUUAGAGAACAGACGGCUUUCCCAAUUGGACCAAAUGCAGCUUCGAUCACAAACCGACCAACCGGCAUCGAGCGACAAGCCUGUAAUUUCAGCUAAACCCAGCAAUAUACCCGUUAAAACGUUAGAUAAGAAACAAUUAGGAGGAUUCGUGUCGUCUAAAAUACCGGUAUUCGCAACUCAAAAGUCACUAAGUCAAGAGAAUUUAUCAGAUAAGAAUUUUUCAUUACCUCGUUCACCGCCUCCAGGCCUAAGCAGUAGUUCUGGCAAUAUAUCAAUUACGUCUAUAAAAAGCAGUUCAAGAAGUCCAAGUGGAGGAAGAUUAUAGAUUUAGAUUUAAUGAUAACUUUCGAAGAAUAUAUUAUGAAGUAGGUACAAUAUCAUUGGGGUUAAUGUAAGUUAAAAUAUAUAAUGAAAUUAGUUGUAGUCAUUGAGAUUUUUAAAUCACGUAAGUGCCAGAAAAUUAUAAAUUAUUUGCUUACGAAACGAAAUAUGUGCCUUAUAAAUUUUAAAAUUUCUUAUUAUUAUUGUUUUCUUUAAUAUGCGGAAUUAUUGUUUUGGGUUGUGAAAAAAUGUGUUUACUUAGAUUUAGAAUAUGCGUCACAAUUCGAAUUAUGAAAUUAAAUAGUACAGAUAAAAAAAAAUAAAGAAUAAAUUUGUUAUCAUACCAACGUUCCGUCCGAAAAGUAUUACCGUGUAAUAUAUAUUUUUAAUCUAGGUAUAUACCCUUAUUAAGACAGGAAAUAACAUUCCAUUAAUAAUAAUAUAUUUAUUAACGAAAUACAAAUUUAAUUUACCAAUAUUUACGUUGGUAGAACGUCUUCCAAUUGCAAACUAUUUUUAGUUGGCUGAAUGAAAAAUUAAAUUAAAUAAGAACAGAAGAAAAAAAUAUUUAAAAAUAGAAUUAAAACCUUUUUCUAAAUUCGCUAUCUAUAAUUAAUUAUAUUAGUUUGUAAUGAUGAAAUGUUUUAUGUGGGCAUUUUUGAUGACAUGUUAAAGAAUUCCAUUUUAUUAAACUAUUAUUAUUAAACGUGCACACGUAGAUAAUAUUUUCUAAAAAAGUGUUCUAUUAAAA